AUGGCGAAAUUAGAAAUGAUCUAUAUGAUGAAUGUAUUUCUUCAUUUGAAGACAUUUAAUGACGUCCGUACAUUUAUACAAGUCUCAAAGAAAUGUUUAUCUGUGACAGACUCAAUUCAUGUGAACCCGUGGUUUUCGAAUGCCGAUGACAUUUACAAAUAUUACCAACAUUUUCACUUAACAACUUUGAAUGUUAACUCUAUAAAUUACAAUUAUCCAAUAACACCAGAAUUUGCACGAAAUUAUGUUAUUACAAAUACUAACUCUGAAUUUGUUUUAAAAAGACUUGGUUAUUCUUUUAAAAUACUUUCUGGGACAUUGAUUGGGAUGUCUAUACCCAUAUUUGAUUUUGUACAAAUCUUUGAAAAUCUUCUAAGAACUCACAAUAAACAUUAA